AUGGCCGCCGCGGCGUUUGUCGGUCGUGCGCCGGCCUCAGCGUGGAGAACGGCAAGAUCCCCCCUUCUGUGUCUUUCUUUGAGGAAAACAAGUUCUUCUCAAGGAGAAAAGUCUGAGCCUACCAAACAACCCCUAAAGAAGCCAAACUUACCACAAGGCCGUUUUGAUGCACCAGAAGAUGAUACCCAUUUAGAGAAAGAACCACUGACCAGAUUUCCAGAUGACGUUAAUCCUGUUACCGAAGAAAGAGGUGGACCCAGGGGCCCAGAACCUACCCGAUAUGGAGACUGGGAACGAAAAGGACGCUGUAUUGAUUUUUAA